AGGUGCUCUCAACCAAUCAGAGUGCGCUUCGUUGCAGGCUCGACAAGUCAACACGACAGAGUGCAAAACACGGCUGCAUAUUACCGCGAAACGCCUCAACUACACGGAAAACCUUCAAUAUAACGCUCGGGCUCAGAGCAAAAAGCAUUAUACUACAGAAGGGAAACUUAAAUUGCAGUAUUUCUUGGUGGAAGCAUGAAUUACGAGCAAAUUCUCGUGUUGACGACCGCAGCCUUGAGCAUUUUAGCGACAGACCUCGUUAUGGCGAAGGAUUAUUAUCAAAUUUUGGGUGUCCCCAGAAAUGCUUCCGACAAGCAAAUCAAAAAAGCUUUUAGAAAAAUGGCUGUUAAAUAUCACCCAGAUAAAAACAAGGGAAAAGACGCCGAAGAGAAAUUCAGAGAGGUAGCAGAAGCGUAUGAAGUACUAUCAGAUGAAAACAAAAGACGGCAGUAUGAUCAGUUUGGAGAGGAGGGACUUAAAAAUAAUGGAUUUGGCGGCGGCGGCGGGGGAUUUGACUUCAAUGGCUUCUUUAAUAACUUUGGACAUGGAGACCACAAUAGAGGAGGCAAUGGAAACUCAUUUAAAUUCUCAUUUGGUGGAUUUGAUGAUUUCUUCAAUGAUGAUGAUGAUGAUGACUUUGGUGGUGGAUUUGGACAUGGGGACUCUUUCUUUGGUAAUUUUGGGAACUUUAGAAAUAGUGGCUUUCACGAAGAUGGUCAUGACUUCCACAGAGCAGCCACACAUGCUGAGUUCCACCAGUCAAGUUCAGGUGGUGGGGGACGGAGCUGUAGAACAGUAACAAGACGAGUUGGAAACAUGGUGACAACAUUUACAGAAUGUACAUAGUAAUCAAGAAUCUCAUGCACGCUAGUGUGAUUUUCAUUGAGGAACACCCUUGACAAAACUGCAGUGUCUCUGUGUCAGUAUAGAUUACACAACGAAAUAACGUUAAUAAGUAUAAGUAUAAGCUCAAUGAAAUGAAUCAGCUCCAUUAAUUAUUAGAGUAUAAUAAGUUGGUGCAGACUUUAAAAUUUGAGACUUAUAAUAGGUUUUAUGUGUUUCUGUGUUAGUUCAGGUAAUAAAGGAAACAGUUAAUGAUUUUUCUAUUCCUUUUCAAUCCUAAUUCUCACAGGAACCUGCAUCUUUAUAAAACUAAAGUAUAUGUUUUGAAAAGUAGAAGUUUACAGCUAUUGUAUGUCAAAGGUUUUGUCAGAGGUGAUUUCUUACACUGCAGAUGAUGCUAGUUUGUAUAAAAAAUGAUUAGUGCACUGACUGUAUUGGUAUUGUGGAUGUGCAGGACAUUAUGUAGAGUUUACUUUAAAUAUAAUGAUUUUUUCUUGUAAAUAAUAAACAAAGAGAGGUUUUCAAAA